AUGGGCCCCUGUACCGCCUCCUCAUGCUGCUGCCAGGCCCGUAAUCUGCCAUGGGCCCCUGUACCGCCUCCUCAUGCUGCUGCCAGGCCCGUAAUCUGCCAUGGGCCCCUGUACCGCCUCCUCAUGCUGCUGCCAGGUCCAGAGUGUCUCAUGGGUCCCUGUACGGCCUCCCAUUGCUGCUGUCUCCAUCGCCACACUCUGCCAUGUGCCACUUUCAGGUCUCCUCACACUGCUGGUGGGUUCCAUUUUUGUCAUAGGGUGCUGUAUGGCCUCCCAUUGCUGCUGCCUCCACCGCCACACUGUGGCUCCACACUCUGGUUUUGGCCCCGUGACUGCCCAAAUGAGUGAAGUGUGCGGUGAUUCUAAGAUCGACGGCACUCAUCUGCAUGUCAUACUGACUGACAGUAUUAUUUCUCUUCCCCAGCAGACUCCAAGGGCAUUUAAAUUAAAGGUACAGUGUUCUGCACUAAUAUAA